UAUUACCGGAAAGAUGACAUUGUAUCAUUUUGGGAAUUGUUUAGCUUUAGUUUAUGUUCCAUAUUACCUUACUUAUAAAUAUUCAGGCUUAUCAGAGUAUGGUGCAUUUUGGAAAUGUAUUCAAGCUGGAGGUAUUUAUGUAUUUACACAAUUAGUAAAAAUGUUGGCACUUGCAACUUUCUUCCCUACAACAGACAAUGUAAGAGGUGAAGGUUUUGAUUUAAUUGGUGAAUUUUUAAAAUCUUCAAUAGAUUUAGCUGAUUUAGUAGGAAUACUAUUGGUAUUAAACAGUAUACCUGGUAAAGGGCAUGCAAAAGUUUUAACUGCUGGAGUGGGAUGGGCUGGAGCUGAAGUAUUACUCACUAGGUUCCUACUAUUAUGGGUAGGAGCCCGGGGUGCAGAAUUUGAUUGGAAAUACAUUCAGAAGAGUCUUGAAUCUAAUAUUAAUUUAGUACAACAUAUAACUACAGCAACACUCGUGUGGUUAUGGUCAAGACAUGAUUUAAAACGAGGUUUAGUUCCUAUAGUAAUUGGUAUGCUUAUACUUACAAUCUAUAGACCACUUAUUUUAGAUUUUCUCGUUGUAAUUUCCUUAACUGGCCCGUGGUCAACUCUCGUUGUUAAAGCUAUUACUACUUUUAUCAUGGGUAUUACAACACUAUAUAUGUAUGCAGGUCUUGCUCAUUCUAUAGGUAUAUUUUGA